GCUUUGACACAUCCUGAUCCGGUCUUCAUCGCGAAUUAUCAGGAGGCUGAGACAUGCCGUCGAGAAGCCCGCAGGUUCCUUGAUCCAUGGACGAACGACGCGUUAUCCUGAUAUCCGCCCCGCGGUCACGUGGGGCCACCCCUCCCACAGGCUUUGGGCGAUUCGAGCGCAUCUUCUCCAGCUUUUCAGGGCGACGCUGACCAGCUCAGAAGAGAGAUCCGGGCGCGAUCGGUUUCCUGCUGCCCUCGCGUCACUGCCAACCCCAUCGCUGUCGUCCCUCCUGCCGCCCAGAAUGACUACCUCCAAAACCGCUGUGCGUCCUGAGCGGCCUGUGCUGCGCCAUAGCUCUCUCUCUGGCGGCUCCUUCAUUCAGGAUCACCAGCAGUACAAACCUUCGGCUCCCGUGAGCCAAAAUAUCGGAGACGUCCUCCGGGGCCCCCGCGAUAAAUUGAUCUCCCCGCUGGUUCUCAAUUCGAAUCCGAUCAGUCCGGAUCCGGAGAAGGUCAAGGACAGUGGCAUUGUCCACAGCCUUUUUGGCCAUGUAGCGAACCCUCUCCCCGGAGGCACGCCCAAGAUUGUCGCAACCAUCUACUACAAGUCCUCGAACCCCGUCCAUCCUCAUGUCCACCCCGAUUCUGCGUCCGGGUCCAAGGAGCGACUCCCUUCCCCGCAGGUGCCCAUCGGUUCCGCGCCGACAGUCGACAUUGAGAAGCUACCGCGCGAGCCCCCUGUGCCGGAGCCGCAGCCAUUGGAUCACCUCUACGGCCCAUAUGUCUCUCAAUUGUGCCUGACCAACUUCCUCCAGAUCAUGGAAAGUCUGCAAACCCCAUACCAGCGGAUGAAUACCUCCCACCGAUGCCUCGACCGGGAGGACCAACCGCAAGUCGUAGAGGUCACCUUCUCCCCGCCACCAAACCCGGAAUAUCUGUCGUUUGAUGAUCUGCGGAAACAUGAAAGCAUCUGGCGCUUCGAGCGCGAGUGGAACGUCGAGGUGGUUCUGCAGAAGGAAAGUGUUUUCCGACGGCAUAAGCGGCUGGCGGUGUUCGAUAUGGAUAGCACAUUGAUCCAGAACGAAGUUAUUGACGAAAUCGCCAAGUUCAUCGGUGUGGAAAAGGAAGUCUCUGAAAUCACCGAACGUGCUAUGAACGGCGAACUCGACUUCUCCGCAUCUCUAAAAGCGCGUGUUGCUCUGCUGAAAGGCGUGCCCGCUGACGUUUUCGAGAAGCUGAAGUCCAUAUUGACCAUCUCCCCUGGCGCCCGCGAACUUUGCAAGGCGCUGAAAGCGCUGGGUUUCAAGAUGGCUGUUCUGAGCGGUGGUUUCCAGCCUCUUGCAGAGUGGCUUGCUGGCGAACUUGGCAUCGAUUAUGCGCAUGCAAACCAUCUCGAGGUCGACCCUGCCACCCAGACUCUGACCGGAAACCUGGUCCCCUCAUUCCCCAUCAUCGACGCGGCCCAGAAGCGCUCUCUUCUCCAGUCAAUCGCCAAGGAGAACUCGAUCCCGAUCGCCCAGACGAUGUCGGUUGGCGACGGCGCUAACGAUCUUCUCAUGCUCAAGGCCGCCGGCCUGGGAGUCGCUUGGCGCGCCAAGAGCAAGGUGCAGCUCGAGGCACCCACGCGUCUCAACGGCGAAACAAUGACCGAUCUGCUGUACCUCCUCGGUCUGAGCCAGGAUGACGUUAGAGAAUUGACUCAGUAGGACCAUUCUGGCCAGAAAGGUCUUCAGUACUGCCUGGUAAGAAAAUAGUAAAACAAAAAAAAGACCCCCGGCGACGAUCGAUG